AUGCCAGCUAGGGUGGAAGGUUCGAACGUUGCACUCGCGGACAUGGAAAGGAAUGCGGAAGGAAAUGCGGAAGUGGAGACGAAAAGGGCGGAGGAAGGGGAGGCGGAAGGGGAGGCGGAAGGGGAGGCGGAAGGGGAGAGUGCUAAUGAGGCGGGCGCCCAACGGGAGGGGAACGGCGGGGGCGGAAAGCAGGGGGAAGGGGGGAGUAGAGGGGACGCGUGUAGCGGAGUAGUGGGAGAGAGAAAGGGGGGGAAUCAGCGUCGGGGGGUUGAGGGUUUGGGUGGAGAGGGGAAGACGGACGAGGGAGUGUUGGCGGAGGAGAGAAGGCGGAUUCUAUUCCGCAAAGGGGGAAAGGCGGAAGCAUUUGCGCGGACAGGGGGAAGUUCUGGUGGGGAUACGGGGAAGGGAAAAGGAGGGGAUCAGCCGGGGGAGGCGGGAUCAGGAGACGCGGGGGGGGGAAAAGGCAAGGGGAAAGGGGGAAAGGAGCGAGGGGAGGGGGAUGGGGAGGAUGAGGAGGAAGAGGAGGAGGGGAUGGGGCGGCAGCAGCUGGAGGAGCUGUACCGGCACCUGAGACAGCCCAGGGUGGUCCUCAGAAAAGAAGAAUCCAUUGCGCAGGGGAUCGCAAACGGAUGCUUUGAGGCAGGGCAGAGCAGGGAGCAUCACCACCACCCCGCCACUCACAACCCCUCUCUCUGCGCGACAGCCACCCCCUCGGUGUGUGUGGCAGAGGUGCUGUUGCAGCGCGGCAAGUGGUGGGGCAGCACGGGGAUUGUCCGGCGCCAGCGGCUCUUCUUGCAUAUUGAAGAGGCACUGGCUCUCUGCUUCUCCUCUCCCCAUCCGGCUGCCCCGUCCCUAUCCAAGCCCUUCGGCUCCUCACUUCCUCCUCUCCUUGCCCCACCUCCCCGUCACCCCAGGUUCCUUAUGGAAAAGGGGUCGCUCCUCCUCCUCUCCCCCUCUGGUUGCCCCGUCCCCAUCCAAACCCUCUAUCUCGCACUGCGCUCCCCUCUCCUCGGUUGCUCCCUCAACGCCUACCUAGCCUACGCGCACCUGCGCCGGCUCGGGUUCAUUCUGGCCCGGCACGGCGUCCCCUGGACCCGAACCGGACCAGCAGGCUCGGCAGCCAGGGAAAACACAGCGGAGAGUUCAAAUUUGUGUGGGAAGGGGGGAGAGAAGAAGGAGACAGAGACGCGUCAAGGAGGGAAGCAGGAAAUGGAAUCAGAAAGAAGACGUGGUGAAGAGACGCAGGAGAAGGUGACUUUUGAGUCGACUCAAAAGUCACCGUGUCAAGGAGGGAAGCAGGAGAUGGAAACAGAAGGAAGACGUGGUGGUGGAGAGACGCAGGAGGAGACAACAAGGUGUACAGUUGAGGCUGAUUCAUCAGUUGAAGGAGAGGAGAUUCCAGACGAGGGAUUAAAGCCCAUGUUCGAUGUCUACUACCCCAAUGCACGGUUCAAAAAGUCCCUGCCAGGCCCUCCGGACUUUCUGCUCUCGGUCGUUGACUCAAGGUCACCCUUCCCAUCCCUUCCGAACUUGAAACGGCUUCUGGGACACUCUUGUGCUGCUUCAGGGCGAGGGAGUAAACCAGGUGGGAUCCUUCAAACGGCUCCCGUGACUCUCUCACCACAUCUCACAGGCUCAGUGGAAGCUGGUGUGAAUGAAGCAGCAGCAGCACAGAGCGGCUAUGACCCAGCAGCAGCAGCAGCAGCAGCAGCACGUGCAAGCGUGAGGAAAGCUGAUGUCGAUGUACCCGCGGCUGCUGUGCUAGUCAAAGUUGCUUGUGUUAGGGAUGGUUAUGUUACUAUUUUUGAAAUCACUGCUGUAACACUACCUUUGCUGACUUGA